GUCAGCCAAACAACGAACUUUCUGUCCCAAUCGGCCACCUUGAUGGCAUGGAGACAUUGUUCGGCCUCUUUGAGGCCGCCAACUGGAUCGGGGAGAUCCUGUCACGCGACGAGGACAAGGGCAAAGAAUUGUCCGACCUUGCCUUCAACGUUCAGAGCGUGACGCAGUCCAUCCAGACCUUUUCGGAUAAUCUCCCGCAGGAGGAUCGGGACUAUGUCUUUAAUUCGAAUCAGGUGUUUCCUGAGCUCGCGAGGGUAUUAAACUCCGCGAAGCGGGUCUUGGAGAAGUUUUCGCCACCCGCCAUCGAAAAUGGACAACAGGCCAAACCUCAGGCCAACAACGGCUUCAGAGGCAUGUUGACCAGCGGAAUGAAGCAGGGCUCAAGGACGCUUCAGGAAGGGCUCGAGGCCAUCAGUAGCAAAGUUGGCGGCCGUGCUAGUGACCUGCUUCGUUUGCCCGAGGAUGAGUUGGGCUUGAUUCGUCAGGCCAACAUCGACAUCCGAAGUCUGAUGCCGCAACUGCAGCUCGCCAUUCAGGCGGUGGCCAUCCGAGGCUCCCUGACCGGCACCAAGAGACCUGCGGAGACCGCCCUGGAGUCGGACCAGGAUAAGCGUUUACGGACCUUGGCAGACGGAGAAGUCUCAGGUCAAGCAGCUCAAGCAGGUCAAGCAGGCCAAGCCUUACCGCUGCAAAGCGAGGUCAAGCGACCACUGCUGGAGUUGAAAUUGGUCAGUGACGCGACCUAUGCACAAGACAUGGAUUUCCCUCGCAUCACCACGAUGGACCUGCGCACCACCGCGGCCUUAUCCUCCACCUCCCUGGAGAGUGACUCUUCACCAGGUGAUCGUGUUUGCAGGCUGGUGAUGGGUCGCAUUGAGCUGCACAACAAGAAGGUGAGCUUCGAGGUCCCCACUCCGGGCAAACCGACGUCCAUUUCUCGAUUCAUCAGCCGGGAUUUCAUGCAGAUGGAUGUGCCUGAUGUUCCAGGACCUACUCAGGGCACGCAGGGCACGGUGGAUAUGGCCACCCUAGCCUUGGACUAUUGGGACGAUUCGCAGGAGACCGUUGAGAGCAGCAGUCUGGCACACGUAUCUGGUCUGGGCAACUUGGGAGUGCACAUCCGACGCAAGGGCGAAACCAGGUGGCGUUUCAAUGCGCGCCACGAGAAGGUGGAGGUGAUGGAGGGCGAUAGGCUGGCCCUGGUCCUUGAGUCUCCUCCAGGAUCUGUCAAGCAGGCACCGAACGAGGAUCUGGAAGCCGAGCAGGCCGUUUGCAUCCUCGGUUGUGAGUUGAAACGCCCAUAGUUCAGGCUGGAAAUUCGGAGAAACUAUGAGGAUUUGGCCCAGAGUUCGGUCAGGGAAAACCUCAAGGGGAGG